AUGAGCAACCCGUACUACAACGGCGGCGGGCAAAAUGGCAGCUCGUACGAAAUGACCAGUAUGAAAUACAGCGCUGGCGGAAGCGCUGGCGAAGACGACUUCGUGGCAUUCAUGAACGAGAUCCAGGAUAUCCACACCCAGCUAGACAACUACUCGAACUUGGUCGACUUGAUUUCCAACAAGCAGAGAAACUUCAUCCAGGAAUUGGACUUGAACGACGAAGACACAGAAUACUCGUCGAAGCAGAUUGACGCCUUGGUGAACGAGGCGCUGAGCUUGCAAGCAGAGUUGAAGCUGAGAAUCAAAAACGUGCAGACACAGGCGGCACAGCUGAGAAACCCGCAGAAAAUUGACCAGGCCGAAGCCACGAGAAACAAGUUCUUGGAAUACAUCCAGAGAUACCGGUUGACGGAGUCCAAAAACAGAGAGCAGACCAAAGCGCAGCUGGCCAGGCAGUACCAGAUCAUCAACCCCCAUGCUACGCAGGAGGAGAUCGAGGCGGCCGUUGAAGACGGAACGCCUAACCAGCAGAUCUUCCAGCAGGCAUUGAUGCAGUCGAACCGUAGAGGAGAGGCCCGCACCGUACUCAACGAAGUGCAAGUACGUCACCGUGAGUUGCUCAAGUUGGAGAAGACCAUGGCUGAAUUGACGCAACUCUUUCAUGACAUGGAGGAGCUUGUGAUUGAGCAAGACCAACCUAUCCAGCAGAUUGAGGAGCAGGUGGAUACUGCCCAGCACGAUAUCGAGCAGGGUGUAGGCCACACGCAGAAGGCGGUGUUUUCGGCGAAGGCUAUGAGAAAGAAGAAGUGGUGGUGUUUCAUCAUUUGUCUUAUUAUUGUGAUUAUUUUGGCUUUAGUGUUGGGUAUCCAUUUCGGUACCAAGUAA